AUGCACGCAUCAAGUAUGAAACAUAUGCUGAUACGUGGGUCGCAGUGUGAGAAGCAUCAGUUCAAGAUCAGGACCCGAACAUUGCAUGAAAAAGAGAUGGAAGACAGGCAGGCAACAGACACAAAGAAGAUGGAAAGGACUUUUAGCGGUGGCCGAAAGUCGUCACUAGUGUUUAGGGCAAACGAAGCAUCGAGGGAAAGCAUCAAAGUCACAUAUUUCAGAUGGCGACCUCCUUUUCAUAACGUCAACAAAAAGCAUGAAUGUUUCAUUUUUAACCAAAACAACCAGCUUCAUUUAUUUGUUCGAAAUAAAACACCAAGCAAUUUUAAAUUGACUCAAUUUCAUCGUCGAUACAUGCGCCAUCUGGCAGCUGAUCACACCCCACGCGUCUGGUAUCAGAGAAGAUUAGCCGGAAGGCACCGUAGUUUCCGUUGGCUAGACAUUCCGAUUGGCAUGUUAGAUGAGUUGCCAAAGCUUACUGACAAAAACUACCCUACUCAAAUAACCUGCACUCGACUCCAGAAAUCCACCACUCGGAUACAAAAGGGUAGAUGUAUCCUAGAGGCCAAAGCACCAACAAUUGCUGUCCCAUGUCAAAGGGCCUAUCAUCGGGCCCUUGUUGUUAUGUCUCUUGCUCAAAUAUUUCACGAAGCCGAAAACUUUGUUAUGUCCGACUCCAGUCCAGUAAUUUGUCUAUCACUGAAAAUGAUAGUCAUUCUAAGCUCAGCAUACGCAAAGCGAGAUCAGAUUGAAACGUUGACAGUGAUCAUCGUGAAAACCAUCCUCAGCGCUAAUAUCUGUGCAAUUUUACCGCUUAUUCUACCUAGGCUACCAACACUAUUCUGCAAUGCAAUUCCCACAUUAGUGGGAUGUGAACUACACCAAAGGGACCUAAUCGAAUUUGCCCUGGAGAUGAAUCUGGCUUGCAAACCUAUAACUACUCACCACGGAGCUAGGCAAGGGAAUAAAAUGAUUUUCGCGACACAUACGGGUAUAGAAUUUAGAGGAAAUCAUAUUAGCCAAGACCAGAUGCCAGUGAGAACUUCUGAGAUCAGCUGUAAACGAACAUUAUCCCGAACACAUCAACACUCAUUAAUAGCAGCAUGGCAUAUAGUAGAAUCAUCCAAUCAUAGGUUUGGCUUAGCAGUGGCAUUGGGGCCAUAUACCACCAGCCAGUCGAGGCAAAUAUUUUGGAAGGAUACAAGGCCCAGCCCAUUGUUUCCUCCCUUACUUAAGCUGCAAGAUACCGACAAACAGUUCAACUACAGACCCUUGCAAAAGGGCAAGCUGAGCACCAUGGUAAAUAGUUCUCGAGUGAAGAGAUUAACUCGGCUUUUGCGAAUGAUACAACUAACUGAAAAAGCUGUCAUGUCUAAAAUGGAAAAACAGCAAGAAAGUAUAAAUCCAAAAAUACAUCUUUGUAGGCAUUUAUCAAACCAUAUAACCCCAUUAGGAGAUGGAGGUGACAAUUAUGAAGUGGCCUGUACAAAUAAGGUAUUUAAGACAGAGACAUCAGUCAAAGAAUGUUAUUGCGAAAGAAAACAGAAGUCUGAUGAUGAAACCCACACUCAACUUCAGAGCAUCUCACCACGAGCACUUGAUGGACACAGGUCUAUGCAACAGACAAAUAAAUUUUGUCCGAAUACAAACAAAUACAUUGUACCAAAUAGCUUAAUAGAGCAGAAUGAGACACACAAUUCACUAGAAAGACUAGAUUUAGUUGAAAAUCUGGGAGAAAAUAGGUCAGCCUAUCGAUUCGGUUACACGCUUUUUAACCAAACUCAGUGUGUUAUGGACAAAUACGAAAUAGGAAGAGAUUACCAUGAGGUUAUAGUUAUAGACGAAGAGCCACCUUUGCCUCCAAACAUGGAGGUUAGUGAAGUAUCGGCCCCUCGUGGAUCACCCUCGAUUUACAUAGAGAUAGAAAUCCAGGGACCCAGAAUAGAAAACGAACAAAGUGAAUCGACACUACUUGACUUCAGCGAGACUUCGGACGAGAUGAUUAAGCAAGAGAACGAAGCAUUUCAAAAAGAAUUUAUUCAAGUAGGUACCAAUGCUUCAAAUGCAGUACGUGAAAGUUCUUUAUCGGGUUCAAGCCGAUCUUCUUUCUACAGAUCGUCAGCACAAACGACUAUGAAUGAAACAGAAACUUGGAGUAGCACAUCUAGAUUGCCAGCCUAUUCGCUUACAACAAGUCCUUCAAGUAGCUUAUACAGCGGAGAAAUAAUUGGAUCAGAGGCAUCCAGAGACAAUAUAAGAUUAGAAUGGCAUACAUUGUCAAGCACUUACAGAACAUCCAGCUCGCAAAGCCAUCAUUCCGAUGGAAGUAGGGAUGACGUUGAAACGUCCAGUCAAUUGAGCUCUACUUCUUCACAUACCAGUGCUCGAGGGAGGUCUACAGGGACAGAUUUACAGUCAGAGAUUGAAGAUAAUUCGAGUUAUUCUAAACAAGAUAAGCCCAGAUCUAUUACAUUUUCAGACUAUUGUUGGGAAAAGACUCAAACCUCAAACGAAUUGGAGGUAUCAUUUGACAGUGGGUCUGAGGUAAUCAGUUCUUUUGGCACCCCUUUAUCCUUCUCAGAAUCAUUAAUUAGAUAG